AUGGCGUCCCCUCAUCUGUUCCUCCUUUGCCUCGCUGGACUGGCAUUUAUGUCCGAGGCUGGCCCUUCGGGCACUGGGGAAUCCAGGUGUCCUUUGAUGGUCAAAGUCCUGGAUGCUGUCCGAGGCAGCCCUGCUGUGGAUGUGGCUGUGCAAGUGUUCAAAAAGACUGCUCAGGGAACCUGGGAGCCAUUCGCCUCCGGGAAGACAGCUGAAUCUGGAGAACUGCACGGGCUCACCACAGAUGAGAAGUUCGUAGAAGGGGUGUACAGGGUGGAACUGGACACCAAAUCCUACUGGAAGGCCCUCGGCAUUUCCCCGUUCCAUGAAUACGCAGAGGUGGUUUUCACAGCCAAUGACUCUGGCCAUCGCCACUACACCAUUGCGGCCCUCCUCAGCCCAUACUCCUACAGCACCACUGCUGUCGUCAGCAAUCCCAAGGUGUGA